UUAGCACAUACAUACCUAAAGGUGUUACAAGACAUCAUGGCGUGGAUGAAGGGGAGUUCACCCACUUUUGCCAUGGAUUUUGUGACUAUUUGAAGCGUUUUACAAAGAUGUCGAUGCCUAAUGGAUUUCAUUUGGAACAACCAAGUCACGAUCAGAUUGCACUUUUUAGUAAAACAUACUAUUCGUCAAAAGUGGAAAAAACUUGUACAAAAUCACAUGUGAUAGAUCAGAGGGACAAACUCAGAUUGGACAGGAAUCACAUUGGACACUAAGGCUGGUCGAUGGAAGAGGAAGAAAAGCAAGCUUCACAAGAGAACAACACCUCUCGUGAACCGGAGAAUUUGCAACCAGCAUCUAGCAGUGUUCAGUCUGUCCCUGUCUCAAUCUCGAACUCAGAAAGCAAAGAUUCCCCACCACCCCCUUUGAAACCCGUACCACCAUAUAUUACCUCAGCUUGUACCGAAAGCACGCCCGCUUCUUCAAACUCACAGCAAAACCUCUCCACAGUUUUUUCUGGCGUGAGCUCAGAUGCAACAGUCCCCCCUGCGAGUCAAUUGACUUCUACAGCGCCAGCAACAGCACACACACAGCCCCCCACAGAUUCUGUCUUUCCCCUAGAAGUCUCGGCACAGCCUCAACAGCCUUCAGUCUCCCCACGGACCCAACAGAACAUCGCUUCUUCCGCCUCCCCUCGGAGCUUACGAACUGAUUCCGCCGAAAGUUCAGAAUUUUCUCCGUCACCUUUGAGCUCCCAAACCGGAAAACCAGGUUCAGAUUAUGUUUUGGAUGGCCAUAGAGACCUGCCUUCGGGCAUUGAGGCACACAGGAGCUCAGAGUUGAGUCAAGGCUCUCCGUAUCUUUUGCCUCAGACGUCAGGAGUUUUAGGAUCAUUAUCACACACAACAGAGCUUAAAAGGGGCCGAGGAAGACCCCGGAAAGACGGCCUGAAUCCAGUGCAAAGGAGACCCAGCACUCGUGGAAUUGGCCGCGGACUAGGUAGGCCACUUGGACGACCUUUUGGCAGCCGUGGCCUCGGUAGGUCAAGUGGGAGGAGUCUAGGACGAGGCAGUCGAGGCGGUCGUCGAGGACGGCCUCCAUUCCCUCAUGCUGGACUGUCGUUAGUGGCUUCCCCUUCUUUAGCGUUGGAUAGAGACUUGAUCAGCGGACACCUCCACAGUCCGGUGGACCUGCCACCCACACCACCCAUUCUUAAGCCGGACGUACUACCUCCAUCGGGAAUGGCAGAAUUUCUGAGACAGUCUUCAGUGACUGCAUCUACCCCCAGCGGAGAUGCAGCAGCUCCUGGUCCUUCAGAAUCUCCUGUCCCAGGAACACCUUCAUCAAUGUCAGAGCCAGCAACAACCCCUGAAAUCAUAAGCCCUGGUCACCUGUGUUCUUUAUGCAACUGUGGGGAGAGAAGUUUGCUGGGACAGGGGGAGACGUGGCGUUUUGAGCCCAGCCCGGGCUUCGAUGUGUUCAGUCUGCCGGAGCCGAAAGUUUCGCGCGGUACUGACGAUGUGGAUACCAGCGGAGACAACAAAGGUCCUCAGCCCACGACGUGGAGACGAUCGAGGGGACCUAUGAAGUCUGGCAGAGAACGCAGUCGCUCCCCUCGGCAAUCUGGAGAAGAGGAUCCACUCUGUGCCCACGACGAUGAGUUGGCCAUGGUUGGACUCCCGGAUGAUGCAGAUAUACCCCAACUUUUUGAGCCUACAGGUCAUGUGUGGGUCCAUCACUGCUGUGCCUUGUGGUCGGAGGGCGUGACGGUGGGAGAAACCCAGCAGCUGGAAGAUGUGGACAAGGCUGUGUACAGCGCUCUCUUCAAUAGAUGCUCCCAUUGUCGAAAGUUUGGUGCCUCCCUCGUAUGUUGUAUACCAGAAUGUGGGAAGAAAUUUCAUUUCCCUUGUGCAUCGGCUGGUGGAUGUUAUCAGGAUAUGAAGACAUUGUCUCUGCUGUGCCCGGAUCACAUAGACCAAGUGGAGAACUUGGCAGAAAGCAUAGGCAGUGGGGCUUGCUGCAUCCAGUGUGGACAGAUGGGCAACAUCAGGGAGCAGCUCUUCUGUACCAGCUGCGGUCAUCAUUACCAUGGCAACUGUUUACUGCCUCCUGUGGAUAUGAAGCCCAUAGUGAGGGCGGGAUGGCAGUGUCCCAACUGUAAGAUUUGCCAAAAGUGCCGCACUGCCAGUGAUGAAAGCAAAGUGUUAGUUUGUGACAUUUGUGAUAAAGGAUACCACACCUUCUGUCUGAAGCCAGCCAUGACCACCAUACCUAAGAAUGGAUGGAAAUGCAAGAACUGCCGCAUAUGCACCGACUGUGGUUCGAGAACCCCGGGCAGCGGGCCGUCGUCUCGGUGGCACCUGAACUACUGCGUGUGUGACUCGUGCUACCAGCAGCGCAACAAGGGGCUGUGCUGCCCCCUCUGUGGGAAGGCCUACAGGCACUUCCACAACAAGACCAUGUUGCCCUGUAUGAUCUGUAAAAAAUUUGUGCACAUGGAGUGCGAUCCCUCGAUUAACCCAAACAUAAUAAGCAAAGUGAAGGAGGGCCUUCCUCAGGAUUACAUUUGUACUGUGUGUCGAGAGACGGGUCCAGAAGCGAUGAUGGAGCUGGACCAACACUUGUCGUCGCUGCAGCACACAGUGUCUGAGGAGUCUAUGGAGAGCUUCCUAGACGAUGUCGUGUCCAAAGAAGACCCGAUGUUGACGGACGCUGCCAUCUCCGUGGGCAGUAGCAGCGUGGGGCGGGGAGGGGCGGGGCUCACCACCUCCAGCUCCCAGGAGUCCCUCUACAACUGUGAUGACUCAAGCUCCAGCAUGGACAUAGACACUGCUGAAAAGGGAAUGAUUUCCCCAAGUUCCAGACGUGACUCAUUUGAGUUUGGAAAGAAAGGAAAGCAUAAGAGUCGACAUUCUCAUUCUCAAUCUGAGAAAUAUCACCAUCACCAUCACCACCACCAUCACCACCAUCAUCAGCAACAGCAGCAGCAGAGCCAGCUACAGCAGCUCUCUCAAGUGUCGUCACUACAACAGCAGCCAUCUCAGCAGCAGCAGCUGUCGUUGUCGUCGUCAUCAUCAUCGGGUCACCAGAGCCUUGGCGAGAAGAGACGAGGGCCCAAGAUCAAAGUGAAGAUUGGGGGUCAGGUGGUGGGCAUUGCCUCCAUGGACAGAACCAGUCCGACCAGCAGCACUCCACAGGCGCUGUUCUCCUCUGCCUCAUCACCCGCGUACUCCACCUCCACCGUGGACGCUCUGAUGGAGGAGAAGGACAGAGAGAAAGAGAAGGAGAAAGAAGAAGAGGAUGAUGACGGAGACGACCACCCGUCAACUCUCAUUCUGGCGGAGUCGGCCGAUAUGUUUAUUAUGGACCAGGACUUAUGCAAAGCUUGUGGCUCUUUUGGCAAGAACGAAGAGGAGAGCAAGAUGAUCGUCUGUACACAGUGUGGCCAGUGUUAUCACCCUUACUGCGUCUCUGUCACGGUGACCAAAGUGAUGCUGCAGAAGGGCUGGCGCUGCAUGGACUGCACGGUGUGCGAGGGUUGUGGGGGCCCCGACGACGAGGGUCUGCUCCUGCUCUGUGACGACUGCGACAUCAGCUACCACACCUACUGUCUCGACCCUCCACUCAAGACCGUGCCCAAGGGAAACUGGAAGUGCAAGUGGUGUGUCAUGUGUGUCAACUGUGGCUCCACGUCGCCGGGCUACGAGUGCCAAUGGAUGAACAACUACACACAGUGCAGCCCGUGCCACAGCAAGCUCUACUGCCCCGUGUGCCAGGACAGCUACCUCAUGGACCAGCUCAUCAUACAGUGCCAGCAGUGUGACAGGUGGCUCCAUUGUAAAUGUGAUGAUUUGACUUGUGAAGACGAGGCUGAAAUAGCAGCCGACUACGGGUACCACUGCCUCUUUUGCCGCCCCAAAACGGGCAAGAUUGGUCCAUUGCCCCCUCCCCCACCUCCCCCGUCUCCGCCCAAGGAAGAGCCCCAGCCCACCCCGCCCCCCGCCUUGCCUUAUGUCCCCCCCAAGCCCGAGCCCCCCCGACAGUUCCUGGUGGACGGAGUUUUCCUCUUCGCCAGCGGCCUCAACCAGAUACAGAAGCUACAAGUGACCAACCCCAAGAAACUGACCAAGCAGCAGCAACCACCACCACCAAGAAAAGUCUUUCAGUCUGAAGAUUCUGAGGAGGCUCCAUCAGGGUCUGUCGUGGAGCCUGGAGAACCCUCACAGGAGGACGUGGGGGAGGACGGAGUGAAGAAGAGGAAGCCGAGACGUGUCUUUGGUUUAGGUGUUGGUGGCUUCAUUGUCCGGCAAAGAUCACGCCAGUGGAUAGCCAAGCGCCAAGCUUCGUAUGAGGAGCAAGAAGAUCAAGAGAAAGGAGCUGAGCAGGCUGGAGAGAAAGUAGAAAAGCCGCCGAAGCGACGAAGGAAAAUAAAGAAAUCUAAAAUGGAAGAACAGUUUCCGUUAUACAUGCAGGAGGCCUUUUUUGGCAAGUCCAUCCUUGACCAAAUGAAGGAGUCCACGAAGGGCUUGUUGAAGACAGAGUCAGACUCAGACUAUGAACGCUCCAUCAACGGAAGCCCAGCAAAGAUGGUUCCUGUCACUGGUAAAGAUACACCUAUUGUGAAACCUCUGGGUUCUGCGACAGAUCUGGACAGUGUCACCUCAGGACUGCCCGGCCCAGCUGCUGGACCUGUGCCAAGGUCUCACACAUCGUUGUCGGGGUCAGAACAGAGCGAGGACAUUCAGAGUUUGGAUGAGUCAGACCUGAAAGAUAUCCUCCCAGAAUUCCACGAAAGUGACGAUAUUCUCAGUCUCAUCAACGAGGAGCUCAAGGAUGAUGGCCUGUCACUGGAUAACAUGGAGACAGUGACCAGCAAGGAUCCGGUGCCGGCCAAAUCUGGGGAACUGCCGGACAACCUGGCCCACAUGCUCUCCUCGGACAUCGACAAGGGUCUAGAUGUUGACCACAUGCUCACUGAAGGUUUGGUUCACAUAGACAGUAAGACUGUGGAGGACAUCUUCUCCGGUGUGCUGGACAGUCAGCCCGGUCGGUCAGAGGGCGGGGAAUCCCCGAGUGGUCAGUUCAACAUGUCCCUGCCUCCAAGCAUGCCUGGCCCGUCCCAGGGGGGCAUGCCUCACCAACAGCCACCCCACCCGAAUAUCCCACAGUCGCCUGGGGCAGAGAUGAGACCUGGGCCUGUGCAGGGACCGCCGGGCUUGCCUCCCUUUGGAAUGCCGUAUGGGCAAGGCUUUGGGUCUCAGAUGCCGCAGAAUUACCCACAAGGCAUGAGCCCGACCACAGGGAGUCCGAUGGGUCCUGGUCCUGGUCCUGGACCUGGUCCUGGUCCUGGUCCUGGCCCUGGCCCUGGCUCUGGUCCGGGUCCCGGGUCAUCGAGCCCGUGGGUGGGCAGCACGGAGGAGGACACACAAGGCAGCACAAAGCGGAACAUCCUCAAGUGGGAGCAGGAGGAGGAGAUGGGGGAUCAGGCAACCAUCUCUUGUGUGCUCUACGUCAACAUGUGCCACCCGGACCUCAAGCAGAAAUACCCAGACUGGACUGAAAGAUCCAAGCAAAUUGCUAAGCUGUGGAGAAAACUCACUCCGGAUCAAAAAGCUCCCUAUUUGUCAAAAGCCAGGAAGAACCGAACCAGCAGUCGUGUGCAGCAAGCUCAAAAGCAGGUGACCCAGGAGCUACAGCGGCGCCACGACGAGGCACAGAAGCGACAGGACAGCGAGGCCAUGCCCCCGCCCCCUGCCCCACCCCCUCUGCCUCCUGGAGAACACUACCACGAUGGAACAAACCCUAUGAUGAGCCCACACCCGGGGGCCAGUCCCUAUGGACGGCACGGCUGGCCGGAAGAAGGAGGCAUGAAGUCUCCUGGAGACAUGCCCGGAACACCAGGUCAAGAUGGUGGGGUCUUUUCUCCCAAAGGCAAUGCCACCCCUGGAUCUGGAGGGGCAGGUGGUGGGGUGUCCUCCCCUGAUCCUUACGCCUUCCCCUCGCAGGGGGGUUCGGACCCGUUCUCCCCGUCCCAGGUACGGCCGGGCGGACCCCCGCGUCCUCCACAGCACAGACUGCCGGGCCUGCAGACGUUUGGCGUGUCCAGCCCGCGGGAUGACGAGGCCAUGUUCAACGCCCCAGGCAUGAGUCCGAGAAUCCGACCAAAUACUGACCCUUUUGCGAUGGGUGGACAGCCAGGGACGCCCGGACAAGACAUGUUCAUGGGAGGGGCUAGGAGAGCCUCAGAGCCAGGGCCUCGCAUGACUAUGCCACCACAGGCUGAUGCCAGCGCCCCCCUGGGAGACUCGAGCCAGCCUCGACCCCCCAACCUUCCGUCCUCUGACCCCUACGCCUUCCCGCCCAACCAGCCACAAACUCCUGGUGGUCAGCCAGAGGAUAGCUUCAUCCCGCCAGGGGCAGCAACUCCAGACCCGUACCACCAAGGCCGGGGGCGUGGAGAUCAGAUGUACGGAGUGGGCUCCCCUCAGAUGCGACCUCCGCUGACACCCACGUCCAUGGGUCCAGGACAGGGCGCCCCUUAUCCAGGUUCACCAGUGCGCAUGCCUGACCCUGGCUUUAGGCAUCCUUUGGCCCGGUCCAACAGCUUGCCGGAUCCGUACAGCAUGCAGAUGGGCACCCCCCGCCCCCCGAUGGACCCGUCGAUGUCGCGCUCCAUGUCGGACGUGAGCCCAGAGAACAUGAACAUGUUCCGUGGUGGCCCUAGGAUGCCCAUGCCUCCACACUCUGAGCGAGCUACCAUGAUGGCCUUUAGGCGUAACAAACUCUUGCCUCGGGCGCCGUGGGCUUUACCCUUCAUGCUUAACUUCCCGGAUGGGGCGGACGGCCAGGGCAACAUCCACCACCAGCAGCUGAGAGUCAUCCUGGGGCAGCAGACCAAGCUGAGGAUGGCCAAGAAACAGGAGGAAGCCGAACGUAUGAUGGGACAGGGCCCGCCCGGCUGGCAGGAUCAGACAGAAGGUAUGGAAGGAUUUCCUCCGAGGCCUCCGUUCCGUGGGCCGGCUCCUCAGGGAGGCUUCAUGCGCCAGCCACACCCGGGCAUGGGACCCCAGGGACAACGUCCAGCCUUCUUUCCUGGCCCAGGGGGCAUGCCGCGCCCGCCCAUGGCUGACCAGUUUGCUGGGCAGGGACAGCUCCAACCGGGCCGCUAACCUCACCACAGCAGCAAAUGGGAGGUCUGCCGCCCAUGUUCCCACAGCCCGGAGAUGCAGCCGAGGCGCUAGCGCAGCAGCAAAGUGUGCAGCAGCAGCAGCAGCAGCAACAACAGCAGCAACAACAACAACAACAACAACAACAACAACAGCAGCAGCAGCAACAACAGCAACAGCAACAGCAAGUUCCACAGCACGCAGCAGGUGUGGCUGGAAAUACGGGUGAUUUGUCUGCAGGGAGGCCAGGAGCAGAUGAUGACCUGUUUGCCGGUGCUGAUGCGGCCACGAGUUCGCUGUCCAAAGAGACUGGCUCGGAAGACGGUAACACCGUAGAGUCUGCCGCGCUGCUGGCAGGUAUGGAUGAGAAGUCGGCCAAGCCCUCUGUAUCCUCGGAGGAUGAUAAGAAUGAAGACGAUGAUUUGCUAAAGCUCUUCUCCACACCAGGUGCUGACGGCACUUUUGACAUUCUCAAGUACGCUGACCCGGACCUCGAUCUGGAGCUCGAUGAUAAAAUGUUUGAGCAGUUGGACUUUAUGGAAGAUGAAAAAGCCGCUAGUCAGGCGGGUGAUCAGAAAAAAGAUGACUUGUCUGAUAAAUCUGAAGAUAGCAAAGAGAGCAUCAAGGAUAAAGAGGGUGAGGUUAAUGUGGCCAAAGCCACAGACUUUCAAGCUAAGUUCUUGGAGUUUAACCAGCGGCAGCAGUCGGAGAUGAAGAAGGAGAAAGGAGAGGAGGAUGGCUCUGAGAAGAGCGCCGAAGAGAAAGAGAAGGAAAAGACAGAAGUGGGCCAGAUAGCUGCUCUCCUUCAGGGCAGCGAGGCUAUGGCGGCUAGAAUGAGCGGCUCUGACACGGAGGUGAAGCCUGGAGUAGACGCCAUGGGAGGGGUGGGGCCUGGCUCGGUGCCACGACCUGCACCCUUUAACCCCAACCUGGCCUCUCCACAUAUGCAAAUGUCUCCGUCACAGGUCCCAGGCCAGCCUGGGUCGUCGGGAUUACCUUCUCCUAAGAUAAUGCACUCCCCUCGCAGUGGUCAGCCGUCGCCCCGCACUCCCAACAUGCAGUCUCCGUUCAACGCUCUGUUGGGAGGACGUCACUCGGCCUCUCCCCACAGCCAGCCGAUGACGCCGGGCGGGCCCCAGCUCUCCCCGUUCUCUGCCGGGAGCAUCCAGGUCCCGUUCUCCCCUCCCAGCUCGUCCGGUGGGCAGCAGCAGUUUGGCCACGGCACAGGGUCGGCCCCUCACUCACCGUAUCCGACCUCCCAGCAACAACCGUUUGCUAGCCUUCCAUCCCCCGGCCCACCCAUGAUGAUGACCCAAGGCUACCCUCCUGGGGCUAUGGGUGGUCGUCCUCCGGCCGGCUUCAGCCAGCAGAUGGGUCACCCGGGAGGCCCACGACCUGCUCCUGUCUACGUUCAGCCCAACAUGCCACCUCACAACAUCAGACCUCCGGAUGCUCAGACGGGUCGUUUCCCUCGUCCUGGCGAUGGUGGUAUGGAGGGAGUGGAGGGGCUGGGCCCUCGCAUGCCUCAGCCCAUGACGAUGGCCGACGGUCGGCCACACCCUAUGUACCAACAGAUGCAAGCCAGAGGCAUGAGAGGUCCGCACCCAUCUCCGAGCACACACCCGAGCCUGCAACAACAGCUGUCGCACGCACAGAACCGCCUCCAGUUCCAGGGACAGCCGCCGCAGCCCCCUCGCCUCAGCCACCCGCCCAACGUGAGAGGCGUGGGCCCCCCGCGGCAGCCGGGCGUCCCCGGACCCCCGUUCACAGGCGCGCCGGGAGCACAGGGACCCCAGGGACACCUGCUGGUCGAGCUGGUGGAGGAGGAGAAGGAGCAUCAGAAGCGUCAAGCGGAGCAGCAAGCCAUGAUGCAUCGCCGGGACGGGCCGGGCCCCCCGGGGGACCAGUCUAUGCCGGUCAUGGCCCCCGGCCCCCCGCCUGUGUCCGGCCCCAUGCGCAUGGAGCAGCCACACCCUGGGAUGAGACUGCCUGGGCCCCCGGAGGCCGGCGGAGUUCCCUGGCCUCCUUCCUCCGAGCCAGGGCCGGGCGGGCCACCACCGGGACAGUUUCAGCAAGGUUUCCCCCCUCGGAUGAUGCACCCGGGUAUGGCCCAGCGGCCGCCGAUCCCGUUCUCUGGUCCGGGAGACGCCAUGGGGCCUCGUCCUGGCGGCCCAGGGCCCCCACCAGGCCAGCCCAUGCCUAUGGCGCCCCCUACUCCAGUGAAACCUCCGUCAGGUGAGCUGGGGCCGGAGUACGACCGCCAGGCUGCUCUCUACGAGGACUGGCUGAGUAAGCAGGCCAUGUACCUGGAGGCUCAGGUGAAGAUGUUUGAGACGCAGGUCAACAAGCUGAAGCGCAGCAAGAAGACCAUACAGGCGCGGCAGAGACUGGCCAAGAAGAACGGCUCGGAGCUGAACCCGGCCGACACGAAGGAGCUGGAGCGCAUUACCACGGAGCAGUCGGGCCUGCAGAAGCAGCUGGAGGCACAGCGCAAACUGCUGAGACAGCACCAGCACCUGAUGCAGGACUACCGCACAAAGCAACAGAUACUUCAGAUUCCUCCUCCCCAACCAAAGGAAGUGUUGGUACAGAACUCUCCACUUUCAGAGAUAAAAAGUGUAGCCGAAAAUAUGGAACAGUUUGGCCGUAUGUGGAGUGGUGGACUGCCAGAGACGUCUAUGCCAGGCACCAGCGUAUCCAUGCCCCAGCCUCGCGUCCCUGGCGCUCAGAAUUCCGUGCGCCUGAGCCCGACGGCACGACAGGAGUAUGAGGCCUACAUGCACAAUCGCAUCCGCAUGGCCAAUCAGCAGCAGCAACAGCAGCAGAACCGGAUGAGGGCGCCCACGGCCAUACACGUCUUAGGGGACAACAAUCCGUUCAGCGAAGGUUUCCAGCAGCGGGAGAUCCAGCGUACGAACCUCCCACCUGGUCCUGGCGUGCCACCCCAGCCCAACCCCCCCGGGGGACCCCAACAACUGCCACCCCCCUCCCCAGCUAUGGGCGCUGGAGCCCCCGGCCCUCGACCGCCAUUCAACAUGGGGGCCGCGCCCGUACCGGGCCCAGAUCAGCAACAGCAACAGCAGCAACAACAACAGCAGCAGCAGCAGCAGCAACAACAACAGCAGCAGCAAUCUCAGCAAGGGACAGCAGCAGGAGUAGCGGCAGCAGCCACCCCUUCAGCCAGCACGGCCUUGACCUCUGGCGGCUCCCCGGUUGUGACGGCGACACCGGCAGCUCUCAGCGGCAACAACAACAUGGCCGUGUCCACCACCGCCGCAGCAGCGACUGCCAGUCCAUCGGGCCCCCCUCCACACCCGGCCACCGCGGGCUCUCAGCUGCCCAGUGGUCAGCCCUCUCAGCAGCCGCAGCUACCCCCGGGCCCAGCGGGUGGGCCGCAGUCUCUUCCUCCAGGACCCCGAGGUCCUGAGGGUAUGGGAGCAGUGGCCCAGUUUUACAGAGAACGGAACAUUCCAUUUGAGGGAGCCGGUCCCAGGUUUCCCAGGCCUCCCGGUCCCCCGGGCCCUUUCCCUGAAGGAGCAGCGCCCCCUCAGGGCCCACCCGGAGGUCCCCGACUUCCCCCGUACCCGGGACCCCCAGGACCCCCGGGCAUGUUCCCACAAGGUGGCCCACCCAGCAGCAUGGCUGGCCCAGGGAUGGAGCAAACCAGGGUUCCCUUUCAGCCAGGCAUGCCACCUUUCCAACAGCCAGGUAUGGCAAUGCCAGGCUCCCACCCGUCUGAGGUUCCACCUGUGGCCCCAACUGCCACCAAAGAGAAGAAAAAGCGGAAGAAGAAAAAGAAAGCGGAUGAGUUGGAAGGUGCACAGUCCCAGCCACUGCCACCGUCGCUGCCAAACCAAGCCAUGCUGGGUCAAAUGAACAACCAAUCAUCUGUUACAAUGACCAGCACCAGUACAUCUGGACCAGUCACAAAGCCAGCUGAACUACCUCGACCUCAGUCCGAAACGGAACGAAGGAUUCUUGAAAUUUUGAAUAACUCCCAGAAAGAGCUGCAGAAUCCCCCAAGCCCUAGCAGUACCAGGGGAGGCAAAUCCCCGCGUAGCCGGAGCCCUGCCCGCGCCCAGCCCGUGUCCACCUCGGCGGACACUGACAAAGGUCAAGGUAGUGUCGCCACGGCAUCGGUGGCAAAUACAGGUCCUGCAGGAGGUGCAGGUGUUCAGGUAGCGACAGGAAACCCCUCUCAGCCGCCGGGCGGCAUGAUGGGAAUGCCAGGUCCUGGUGGGUCAGCUGCUAGCUCUGUGGGGAUGCCGGCCGGUGGCGGGUCCGUGGACAAGGACGGGAAGAACACGCAAGCCGUGAGUGGCAUGAGCACAACGAUGGCGUCGGCUCCUGGGGAGGUCAACCGAGCAGUGACCACCGCAACGGCACCUGGUGGUGGUCAGCCACAGACCUUACAGCAGGGCCCGCCGCUGCCCCCUCACAUGCAGCAGAGGAUGCCCUUGCACUCGGGACAGCCGCCGCAGCACGGAGGUCCGGUUCCCCCGGGGUUCCCUUCCCAGCAGCACAUGCAGCAUCUGCAAAACCUAGCGAGAAUGCAGCAGUUCCAACAACAGCAGCAACAACAGCAGCAGCAGUUCGGAGGUAUGACGCCGGAGGGUCAGCGCAUGCCCCUGGACCCGCAGCAGAUGCCCAUGGGCGGUCCCCGCUACCCCCAGCUCCACCCGUACCCGCAGAGACAGAGGUUCCCGCCCGGUGUGGGUCAGGGCCCGCCACCACCCCCGCACGCAUUCCACGGACGACCUCCACACCUCCGUGGCCACCAGAGCUACCCAUCACACAUGCAGGGCAUGCCCCCACGCAUGUCACAGGACCCCAGGAUGCAGACCGGGGAGGCAGGGCCGGCCGGACCUCACAUGAUGUCCCCCCACCAGAUGAUGCAGCAGCGUAUGCCCGUGUCCUCCGGAGGAAUGCCCCCGCACCUCGCCCACAGACCGCCCGUCUCCAUGCAGCAAGGGCAGGUCAUGUCGAGUCAAGCUGGAGCCCAGCCCCCUCCUCUUCCCCCUGGACACAUAGCUCCGCCCAUGCCUGGACAGAUGAGCCAAGCCCCGCCCCUUAGCCAUAUGCCACCUGUCUCCAGCGUCCCCGGCCAAAGUCCUGUUGGGCCAGGAGUCCCGUCUCAGGUCCAACAAGCCCUUGCACCUCUUUCCGCCAUAGGUCAAGGGGGCAACACGCCGGCAUCCAGCGGAGCUCCGGAUUCUGUUUUGACAGGAGGAGAGGCGAUCUCAGCAGCUGGGCACGGCUCUCAGUCGACAGCAGGUCAGCCAGCACCCGCACCUUCCACUCAAGGCAGCAGUGGUGGCAGUGGCGUUGUUGCUGCGACAACUGUAUUAUCCUCAUCAACAUCAGUGCCCUUAUCGUCAUCAUCAUCAUCAUCAUCAUCAUUGUCCCUAGCCCAGCCAGGUGUAAAGACAGCUGCUUCCUCAUCGAAACCCUUGCAAAACAUUCCACAAGACACAAAGGACCAAACCCUGGCCUCGGGUGCUCACACCUCAUCGGCAGCUGCAGCAACACCCUCAUCAUCAUCAUCAUCAUCAUCAUCGUCGUCAUCUUCCACCCCUGCAACCUCAGCAGGGACACCAAGUACUUCCGCUGUUAGCAUUCCAAUGACUUCGGGGGUGGAGGCCGGUACCUCUGGCUCAAAGGACACUAGUAAAAAAGACAAGGAGAGCUCAUCUGGCAAGCCAGUGUGCGAUGACGGUGUCCAUUGUGGUACCGAUGAUGAGGAUGACGAUAAAGGAAAGAAGAAAGUGUGUGAUGAUGGCAUUCACUGUGGUACCGAUGAUGAAGAAGACGAUAAAGGAAAGAAGAAGAAAGUGUGUGAUGAUGGCAUUCACUGUGGUACCGAUGAUGAGGAAGACGAUAAAGGAAAGAAGAAAGUGUGUGAUGAUGGUAUACAUUGUGGCACCGAUGAUGAAGAUGACGAUAAAGGAAAGAAGAAGAAAGUGUGUGAUGAUGGCAUUCACUGUGGUACCGAUGAUGAAGAAGACGAUAAAGGAAAGAAGAAGAAAGUGUGUGAUGAUGGCAUUCACUGUGGUACCGAUGAUGAGGAAGACGAUAAAGGAAAGAAGAAAGUGUGCAAUGAUGGUAUGCAUUGUGGCACCGAUGAUGAAGAUGACGAUAAAGGAAAGAAGAAGAAAGUGUGUGAUGAUGGCAUUCACUGUGGUACCGAUGAUGAAGAAGACGAUAAAGGAAAGAAGAAGAAAGUGUGUGAUGAUGGCAUUCACUGUGGUACCGAUGAUGAGGAAGACGAUAAAGGAAAGAAGAAAGUGUGUGAUGAUGGUAUACAUUGUGGCACCGAUGAUGAAGAUGAGGAUAAAGGAAAGAAGAAGAAAGUGUGUGAUGAUGGCAUUCACUGUGGUACCGAUGAUGAAGAUGACAAUGAAGGAAAGAAGAAAGUUUGCGAAGAUGGAAUUCAUUGUGGUACCGAUGAUGAAGAUGAGGAUAAAGGAAAGAAGAAGAAAGUGUGUGAUGAUGGCAUUCACUGUGGUACCGAUGAUGAAGAUGACAAUGAAGGAAAGAAGAAAGUUUGCGAAGAUGGAAUUCAUUGUGGUACCGAUGAUGAAGACGAUGAAGGAAAGAAGAAAGUGUGUGAUGAUGGCAUUCACUGUGGUACUGAUGAUGAAGAUGACGAUAAAGGAAAGAAGAAAGUGUGUGAUGAUGGCAUUCAUUGUGGUACUGAUGAUGAAGAUGAUGAUAAAGGAAAAGGAAAUAAGAAAGCUUGCGAAGAUGGGAUUCAUUGUGGUACUGAUGAUGAAGAUGAGGAUGAAGGAAAGAAGAAGAAAGUGUGUGAUGACGGCAUUCACUGUGGUACUGAUGAUGAAGAGGAUGAUAAAGUAAAAGAAAAGAAAAAAGUGUGUGAUGAUGGCAUUCAUUGUGGUACUGAUGAUGAAGAUGAUGAUAAAGGAAAAGGAAAUAAGAAAGCUUGCGAAGAUGGGAUUCAUUGUGGUACUGAUGAUGAAGAUGAGGAUGAAGGAAAGAAGAAGAAAGUGUGUGAUGACGGCAUUCACUGUGGUACUGAUGAUGAAGAGGAUGAUAAAGUAAAAGAAAAGAAAAAAGUGUGUGAUGAUGGCAUUCAUUGUGGUACUGAUGAUGAAGAUGAGGAUAAGGGAAAGAAAAAAGUUUGUGAAGAUGGAAUACAUUGUGGUACCGACGACGAAGAUGAGGAUAAAGGAAAGAAGAAGAAAGUGUGUGAUGAUGGCAUUCACUGUGGUACUGAUGAUGAAGAUGAUGAUAAAGGAAAAGGAAAGAAAAAUGUUUGUGAGGACGGCAUGCACUGUGGAACGGAUGAUGAGGAUAACGCAGAAGUAUCAUCGUCCAAGUCUAAAGUGGAAAUGUCAACUCCAUCUACCGUCCCAGACGGCACUGCUUCCAAUUCUGCUGUUUUCAGCAACAGUGCCUCAGCGUCUACUGAAUCUUCUGCUGGCACGUCCAAUACCCAGGAACUGAAAUCAUCGUCGUCGUCAUUAUCAUCAUCAUCAGUUACUCCCUCCCAGCCUGUUUCUCAGAACUGUAAUGAUCGGGCUGAGGAGGACAUGGAAACGGAUUGCCCAGCAGUUGUGUCAUCAUCAGUUGCAUCGUCAUCACCGUCAACGAUUCCGGCAGGGUUGCCAUUGACAGCAGCAAGCACAAACUCUGGUGGCUCGAGCAGUUUGAUUGUGAACAGCACUGGGACUCCUACGUCUGGAGUGGGUGCCCCGGCAGAGCUUCCCCCUGUCCCUGUGGUUCCCUCCGCUGGGAUCGGUCUGGUCCCCACCAUCGACGACCAGAUAUCCUCACAACUGGCAGCUGUUUCACAUUCCCUGGCCAACUUCAAGCCCCAGAUCCAUAAAGACGAGUCGGAACCCCUCUCUGCGACCAUCCGCCCCUCCGACACGCUGUCAGCCAUAGCUUUCUCAUCUUCAGACUCAUCCGAGACGUCUGCUAGUUUGAAAUUGGCCCCAUCUGCAGCAGUAGACAGCACACCUGUCGCAGCAUUUUCAGCUCCUUCGACAUCGAGUGGAACAUCAGAAACCCCUGUCGCAUUAGCAGCAGCAGCUUCAUCAUCGUCAUUGUCAUCAUCAACAGCAGCAUCGUCAUCUUCAUCUUCUGACAUGGGACAAAAGACUUCCGUUGUCACACCCAGUGUUACUCCACCUGUCUCUCACACUAGUACAUCUGUAGGAGCUGAACCUUCGGGCAAAGCGGACACUUUGGGCAGCAAGCGUACCUCCCCGGUGUUGGAUCCCGUGCCAGCGGCUGGGGUGCAGAAGACCUCGGACUCCGCCACAGAACAGCCUCUCAAGACAAUCAUCCGGUCGUCCCCGGUGUCGCUGAGUGCGCCAGCGCCAGCGCCAUCUCUAGUCAUAAGUUCCGCCACUAGUCGGUCAGUGUCUUCCACUGUCACAGGUACACCAUCGUCAGUAGGUCAAGGUCAGCCGGUGGUGUCCCCUGUGGUGGGAACUUUUCCUGCCGUCUCUGACUCACCUGUGGUGUGUUCGUCGACGUCGCCCCCUGGCACAGCCUCAACUACUUCUUCAUCAUUUUCUGUUUCAUCAUCAGUUAAUUUAUCGUCAUCAUCUUCAUCCUCACCUACAACAGUUGUCCCGCAGCCCUCUUUAGCAUCGACAUCUCAAACAUCUCAAGUCCGGUCCGUGUCAUUGGAGUCUACAGCUGUUCCAAGCCCGACUACAAUGACAAUUCAGACUGCUAAAACGGCUCAGUCUGUUCCCGCCUCUUCAAGUUCACAAGUGACUGACACCACAACUUCUCAACCUUCAUCAUCAUCAUCAGCUCAGACAUCAAGUGUGGAGGCGACCCCUAUACCCUCGUCAGCCACAGUGGUCAGUUCUGCUGCAUCAUCGUCAUCGUCAUCGUCAUCAUCCAGUGGAAAUCCCGCCCCUUCCUCAAGGCCACCCACUGAGCGUAUGGUCAUCCCUCCUCUGCGAAUCCGCAUGGACCCUCAGUCGCAGCCCCAGGUGUACGAGAGCAGCAGCGUGCAGUCGAGCCGUGAGUACUACCGCUCGUCUGAGUACCAAGCUCCACCCAGAAGUAAGGCGGAAGGUGACUCUCUCAAGCUGGUGCUGCGCAAAUCUUCAGAUGGUACAGCCGAGCUCAUAUCUGGGCCGUCCUUCCGAGAGAAAUCGAAACGAUCCACCCCGGUGGCAGAUAUAGACCCCCCUGUGUCAAAAUCGGAGCCGGAAACCAGAGCUCCCCCUCCCCCUCCACCACCUCAACCUCAACCCCCUCAAGUGGUGUCGACAGCACCUCCAACGGUUACUGCCUCGUCUCACACGUCAGUAUUGGCGACAGCGUCUAGCGUGGACACGCCAAACAGCAUGAUGCCCACCAGUGGUGUUCAGGCUGUGAGGACCACGAACCCUCAGUCCGCGCCCCCACCUCCUCCAUUUGUCGUCUCCACCCCGACCCCAUCAUCAAUGACAACAGGGCCGCCGGCACUACCACAAAGACAGCAGCAGCGACCACCGGCUACGUCAGCGCAAGCCCCGUCAAUGACCCACCCUGUGCCUCACUCUGUCCCGCCCGUGGGGAUGUAUCCAGGCAUGGGCCUCCCCUCUUUUCCACCUGCGGCCAUGAUGACCGGGGACACCGUGAGUUCAGCCGCCCCAGCGGUCGUGCCUUCCCCGGUCCCCGCGGUCAGUGCGAGGUCGACCCCGCCCACAUUGGCCAGGGAGAAGUCUGGCACACCGACCUCCAAGCCCAGUCCUGGCCCCCACAGUAAAUCUGAAGGCACCAAAAAGGUGAAGUCGUACACUACGGACAUCCAAGCCCUGGAAAGGCUUCAGUCGACCAUCGAUGCCGUUGCCUCGGGGGAGUCGACGUACGAGCCUGGAAUCGACCCGGAGCCCCCCGCCACCCCGAGCUCCUCCCAGGAGAGUCACAGUCUGCCCACAGCGCCCUCGUCUGCGUCUUCCUCGCCGUUCUCCACUGUGGGCUCCUCCAUGCCUGUCUCCAGCGCUCCCAGUGCCAUGUCGAGCCAGGAGCUAGGGACAGGCUACUCUGCCAGCUUCUACUCGGGCCCGAUGCCGGGUAUGAUGGGACAGCAGCAGCAGCAGCAGCAUCCUCAACAGCCGAUGCCCCCACAGCAGCAGCAGCAGAUGCAACAAAUGCCGCAACACCCACAACAACAGCAGCAACAGCAACAGAUGAUGAGAGCGAUGACGCCUCAGCAACAACGGCAGCAUCAACAGAUGCAACAACAACAUCAGCAGCAGCAACAACAACAACAACAACAGCAGCAGCAGCAGCAGCAACAACAACAACAGCAGCACCAGCAGCAAGCUGGGCACAUGUAUAUGUCACAGGCUCAACAGGGCGGUUACCCUCCCCACCAGUCUCCUUACCGCAUGUCUCGGCCCCCGCUCGACCUCUUGGCCCAGGCGUCACAGUCCGCCCUGUCCUCAGCCGGGACAGCCAUACCCACGUCCAGUCACGCUGCGGCCGCCGUGCAAGAACAGCACCCGGGGUACCUGACGGACCGCUCACCCUCCCGCUCCACGGAGCACAGCCCCCUGCACAGCUCCCCGCUUCAGUCCUAUCCAGGUGCCAUGGGUCCUGCCAUGCCUCAGAAGCCCGGGCCGCCUCAGUCUCCACAGGGCUACAUGCCGGGCACCAGUCAGGCUCAGCCUUUCAUGCCAGGAGGCCCGCGGUUUGCACCCCGCAUGCACCACGAGAUGGGUGGGGGACCACCGUAUGGUAUGUCCCCCCACCCCAUGUCCCCGACAGGCAUGCACCGGCAGAGACCCCCGCAUUUUGCCAUGGGGGCCGGAGAGAUGGGCAGGAUGCCACGCCCACCCCGGGGAAUGCCCCCGCAUCCCCAGCACCGACCCCCCAUGCCCCCUGAAAUGAUGGGACCAGAGCAUGCUGGGAUGCGACCCCGGAUGCCUCCGCAUCAGUUCAUGUCCCCCACACACCCAGGCAUGUCGGAGAUGCCGCAAACGUCGAUGGGAAUGCCGAUGACCUCACACGCCAUGACCCCGUCGCCCCACGGUAUGCCGCAGUCACCUCACGGCAUGCAGACGUCGCCUCACGGCAUGCAAACUCCGCCACACGGCAUGCAGCAAACCUCGCCACACGGCAUGCAGCGACCACCCAUGAUGAGCCCACACCACCCUAUGAUGCAGGGAGGACCCCCGCCUCACCCGCAAACCUCUAUGAGUGGACCAGCGGGAGGUGGCGGGCCCUUAGCCUCGCUAGCAAACUUCCACCCUCCCGGUCACCCGGGCAUCAACACCUCCAUGGGAUCCCCUAUGCCCGGGGGACCCCCUCACCACCAGAGGCCGCCCAUGUUCCCUCAGAUGAUGGGUGCUGGCGGUGAAGCUCGCAUGGCGGCCCGCCUCCGUAUGAUGGCCGCGUCGGGCGAGGGAGGGCCCCCGGGCCCCCACAUGGGCCCCCACUUCCGGCACAUGAUGAUGAGGGGCAUGGCUCCCCCCGGCCCCCAGCCCUCGUCACAGAUGUCCUCCCCACAGAUGUCCCCACACCACAUGUCGCCCCAGAUGUCGCCGGUGAUGCAGCAGACGCAGCCACUGAGGCACCUGGACGGCAUGCCGGACGACAAGAACUUUGUGGGUGCCAUGGCAGCGGUCAGUAGUGGGAUGGGUCAGCCAGGGAUGCCUCCAGACCCCAGCAUGGCGAUGGGUGGAAAGCCCAAGCAGCAGAGGCCGCCCAUGUUUGGUCCAGGCGGCAUGAUGCCAGGAGAUGGAGGCUUCAUGCCAGGCCACACACCCCUGCAGCACUCGGCCUCCAGCGAUGCAGGCUCUCUCGCCUCCACACCCGGCCUGACCUCUCCCAUGUCCGACGCAGGAAUGGGAGUGCCAGGACAAGUGAAGCUGGAGCCCAGUGAGGACUCUACAUCUGCAGAUGGCUCCAUCAAUCGAGAUGACCUUGACCUGGACCAGAAGGCGAGCCACAAUGAACUCCUCAAACAGCUGCUGGGCACUGCAGGACGUCAGCUCCCGACUCCUGACAGCGAAGACAGUCUGCCAGCCUUGACCCCUGAUCAACAGAGGCAGCUGGAGAUGAUCGACUCAAUGCCGUUGUGCAAAGAGACGGAGAUCUCGACACCGGAGUGGGAGAGUAAGACGCCAGAGGAAAAAGAGAAGAUUCUAGGUAAGGAAGGCUGCGAGAUGCGUCGCCAGGAGUAUGAGCAGAAGAGGCAGCAGUAUGAGGCCUCGCGCAAGAUCAAGCGCAAAGGUGUGGCCGGCACUGGCGGCACACUGGCUAAGAAGAAACGCAAGACGAAAGCCGGCACUGGUGCUGGUCCGGGCGCUGGUGCUGCUGGGACUGCUGGUGCUGCUGCUGCGGCUGCCGCUGGGACUACAGCUGGCGUCGCUGGGGAAGUGGGCGUGGAGACUCCCAAAAAGAGGAGCAAAAAGGCUAAGAUGAAGGAGAAUCAGCUGAAGGAGCUGGAGGCUCAGGCGGAGAACUUGCUGCAACAGCUGCACAACAUGCCGCCCAUCCCGCUACAGGAGCCCAUCAUAGCCACCAGCAUGUCCAUCCUGCCGGUCAAGGGGGCCACAUCUCUCACAGGGUUGUCCUCCCUACGUGGCCGCUUCUGCAGCGCGUACCUGGACGGCAUAGAGGACAUGUAUGGCAGCCUCCUGUUCCCACAGCCCCCGCCCGGCCUCCGACCCACCACGCCCUCAGCCGAGACCCUGGCACAGAGACAGUUGGCCACAGAGGCUAAACUGCGCAUGAUGCAGGGCAUGGAUCCACUCCAAAUACUCAAGUCGAAGGACGGAAGCCCAAUGGGUGCACGUCCAGGCCCCCGCACCAGCCCUCGUCUCACUCUGCCGCCACAGCCUAGGAUUGAGAUCAAGUCAGAGCCAAUGAUGCGCGACGGUCGCAAGGAUGAGCGCGAGACCCCAGACACUGUUGUGUCGUCGUCCUCUCCUGAGCUGGGCUUCAACGAGCAGGAGCCGGAGUACCCAGGUCUGCGACCCAUCGACCCGGCGGCCUCGAACGGUGUGGUGGAGGAGAACACGUCUCCUGUGAUACCUCUGGUGCACCCUCUGCCUGUCAAACCGGGACCGUCUACGUCGGGAGUGAAGCAGAUCACAGACGGUGUGAAGCCAGAGCUUGUGAAACGAGACAGCUCUGACCUUGACCUGGGCAAUCUGGCGGCGGGUGCAGCUGCCGUUGCAGCAGGCGGUGUCGGGGAGCAGGGGGCCCGAGACCUCACGGUCAACCUGCCCAAUCUGACCUCUGGCCUGGCCCAACCGUUCCUGGACCCAGCUCUGGAUCAGCAGGUGUCUGUGACCUUGACAUUGUCCACUGGCGCUGCUCAGGACAUCGGAGCCGUCAUCUCUGCCAUUGCUGAUCUCUUGAAGAUUGCCGUUCCCCCGACGUACGAAGUCACGCGCAGCCCCUCUCCUGAGAUGUUCCGAAUGUCUCUCACCCACAAAGAGGAGGCUGUGAACAUCCACACCCUGAUGUCGACGCGGCCACGGUUCUGCCAGCACUGCGACGUGUUUGUCUUGUGCUCCGGCAUCGCAAAGUUCAAGAGAGAAUUUCCCAUCUUGUUGGAGCAGGACCCGGACUGUGGGGAGGAGGAGAUGACUUUCUGCUCCAUGAACUGCUCCAUGCAGUUCUCGGCUGGACUAGAAGCCCGCCAGAGGCAAGCCCAGCUGCGCAUCAAAGAGGACGAGGCGGCGGCGGCGGCUGCCCUAGCCUCACAGACCCCACCCCAACACCCGGUCAAGACGGAGGCGGCCACCACACCCAGCAGCGCCACCGUGUCGGCCAACAUGGACGAGAUCAUCGCAGCCGUUGCCGCGGAUACGUCGCUGUCGCCACGCCUGCCGGACACGCCCAGCGGCAUGUUGGCCAGCCCGGGUUCUCCGUCGGCCUCGCCCACCUCGCCGUUCUCAGGGACCAGCCCUGCAGGGUUCAAGGCCGCUAAGAGACAUCGCAGGUCGAGCAGUCAGAUCUCGGACUCUUCUUACCCCAAGCCUCUAGUGAAGAAAUGGCGUGGUCAGCGCUGGGCCCGGGGAAACCAGGACCUGCUGGACAGCAUGACCAAAAUAGCCAGCACUCCGUCCAGCGAGCUUGACCAGCUGUGGAAGUCGUUGGCCAUCUGCCACCGGCCCAAGCCCGAUGUGGUGGACAAGCGGAUCUGUGUCUUCUGUCAGGAGGCUGGAGACGGGGAGAUGGACGGACCCAGCAGGUUGCUGAACAUGGACGUGAACAAGUGGGUCCACCUGAACUGUGCCCUGUGGUCGUACGACGUGUACGAGACGCUCAACGGCGCGCUGAUGAACGUGGAGCUGGCCUGCCAGCGCAGUGGCUCGGUAGAGUGCGUCGUGUGCCACAAGAAGGGCGCCACGUUGGCCUGCUUUAAGCACCGCUGCACCAACUCGUACCACAUGCCGUGCGCCAAGGCUCGGGGAUGCAUGUUCUAUCAGGACAAGACUCUGCUGUGUCCGAACCAUAUUCCCAAAGUGCCAUUGGGUAAUGAGCUCCAGAAUCUGGUGGUGCUGCGGAGGGUCUACGUGAACCGGGAUGAGGAUCGACAAGUGGCAAGCAUGCUCCAGAUGGAAGAGCGCACGUGCUGCUUGCGUAUUGGUUCCCUGGUUCUGCACAGCGUGGGCCAGCUCCUCCCCCACCAGAUUCUGUGUGGCAAGUUCAACACCAGGGAGUACAUCUUCCCGGUUGGGUUCAGCACUAGCCGUUUCCACUGGAGCUACCACUCGGUGUACCAGCGCUGCCGCUACAUCUGCAGCAUCCACGACAAGGACGGCGAGCCAGAGUUCCGCAUACAGGUGGUGGCGGAGGGCCGAGAGGACGUCACCUUCCGGGACUCCAGCCCUGCUGCUGUGUGGAUGAACAUCUUGAAGCCUCUAGAGCACAUGCGUCGCAGUGCAGACCUGGUCAAAAUGUUCUCCACUCCCCUUGCUGCAGAAGAACUCUUUGGCCUCAAGGAACCAGAUGUGGUCAAGAUCCUUGAAUCGCUCCCCGGCACAGACCUUCUGCAGAAUUACAAUUUCAAGUACGGCCGCUCCCCUCUGAUUGAGAUGCCUCCCGCCAUCAACCCCACUGGGUGUGCCCGCACAGAACCCAAGCUGAGGACUCACUUCAGGAGACCACACACCCUUCAGUCGACCAACUCGCGGUCUCUGCCGUCAACCGUGACGGGUGUGUCGGGCGACAUGAACUCCCCCUACCUCAAGCAGUUUGUCCACUCCAAGUCGCAGCAGUACCGCCGCCUGAGGACUGACUGGAAGACCUUGGUCUACUUGGGCAGGUCCCGCAUUCAGGGUCUGGGGCUGUACGCGGCCAAGGACUUGGAGAAGCACACGAUGGUGAUAGAGUACAUCGGCGACCUCAUUCGCAAUGAAGUGGCCAACCGCAGGGAGAAGGAGUAUGAGUCACAGAACCGGGGCGUGUACAUGUUCCGCAUCGACAACGACGUGGUGAUCGACGCCACCAUGGCGGGCGGCCCAGCCCGCUACAUCAACCACUCCUGCAACCCCAACUGUGUGGCCGAGGUGGUGGACAUUGAGAAGGAGAGCAAGAUCAUCAUCAUCACCAACCGCAAGAUCGCUAAAGGAGAAGAGCUGACCUAUGACUACAAGUUUGACUUUGAGGACGACCAGCACAAAAUCCCCUGCAUGUGUGGUGCCACCAACUGCCGCAAAUGGAUGAACUGAGAGAGAGAUCUGCUGUUGGAUAAACCGAGAGGAAUCCCCAAAAGGAUGAACUGAGAUCUGUCUGCUCAUGGAUGAACCCAGGGAGAUCCGCAAAGGGAUGAACUGAGAGUGAUCCUGCUAAUGGAUGAACCCAGAGAAAUCCGUGCAUGAAUGAAUCCAUCGAGAUCUGCAAGUGGAUAGACCCAGAGAAAUCUGCUAAUGGAUGAAUCCAAAGAGGUCUGCAAUUGGAUGAACCCAGUGAAAUCUGCCAAGGAAUGAAUCUUGAGAGAUCGGCAAUUGGAUGAAUCCAGAGAGAUCCACAAACGGACGAAACCAAACCCAGAUAGUUCUGCCAAAGGAUGAAUCUGGACAGAUCCGCAAACGGAUGAUCCCGGAGAGGUCCAGAAAUGGAUGAACAGAGGAAGAUGAGCGAUGUCUCAGGAGAGUAGAAGUUACAGCUCUCGGCUGUUUGGGGUGGCCGACGCACCAAUAGAUGCAUGAAGAGGCACCCUCAGCUUCUGUGAGGUCCGCAGACUUCUGCUGUGUCUGUAUCGUGUCGUCUCUGCGGUGCGAGUGGCAUAGGUGAUCUGACAACCACAUCAAUGUAGACGACAUGUGAGGACUGAUCAGUUGUCCAUAGAAAAAAGGGAAAGAAACAACUUCAUAGUUGGACGUAACCAGUGGAGGGUGAGAAAACAGCUGAUGCUGGGAAUGUGCUAGUGUUCCCCCCAUAUCCGCUUUCAUAGAGAUCUGGACAAUGGCUUACAAUCAUAGGAUCACUCGUUUGAUGCCCAGCCCAGCAAGGUUGUAGUAGUGCGUGGAAACCGUUGGAAGUAGACUUUCUCUGAACUUCCCAUUCUCCCAGCUGCAAAUGGGGUGCUUAGUGAUCUUCAGGGAUAGAAACAUAGUACAACUUUGUUAAGCUGCGUGACGCAUUGGCAUGUUGUUUGAUCCUAGGGGACAAAGAUGAAACAGGAAUAUACAGACGGGCCGAGGGAGCCAUUGGAAAGUCCCAGAGCCUUUAGGUGAAGGGGGGGGGGGGGGGGGGGGGGGGGGAUUUGAACCCAAGACCAUACAUUAGGACUAUUACUUAUAUUUGGAACUAUAAACCACAUUACCGACUUCAGAGUAAAACACUUUGAUGGAAGGCUUCGAAACAUCAGAGAGCUCUUGAAAACAACUGCCACUGAGCGCGAAUGGAUGGAGUUAUACUAUCGCUAGUCUCAGCUGAUACAACAAUGGCUGAUGUCACAACCGUAAUGCUCGAAACCUUCAGAUUGACAUGGUGAACACUCAGGCCUUUUUAACACUUUGAAUGGCUUUGAGCAGGUGACAGAAAAGACAAUCAGAUUUUGGCCAGUUUAGCAGUUUGGAAAGUCGCAGCAAACAAAAGUUUCGGCAACUCGGCUUUCUGUAAUGCCUGUGACAUGCAGUUUUUUUUUGUUCUGGUAGUUUUUGAUUGGAGUAAUUGGGAGCUAAAAAAGGACAGCUGACGAA